AUGAGAGCCUUCCUUGUCAAGUUUAUUGGACUUGCACUCUACAUCCACGACCUACAAUCAGGCACAUUGACUCUGCUUCACGAACGCCCCAACAGGAAGCCAAAGGUGUAUGUACUGAAUGAGGAAGAUUUCGAAGACGGUGUGGACGAAAUCGAUGACGAGACCGUCGCAAUACUCGAAUCCGGUCCCGAGACAAGCGCCGUAGGACUGAGUCUACGACUGUUCAAGAACGAUGGAGCCCUCAGAAUAACCUUCGAAGGCGAGCAUGGCGGAGUCGUAGACUGGCAAUUCCAAGGCUUGGAAGGCUCCAAAACGGGCAGCAUGACUGCAUGUGCUUUCACGCAGACAAUGCCUGAGGCAUCGACAGGCUGCAGAGUCGUGGAAGGUGUGCCACCCGAAAUGUCGAUCGGCAGAAUCCAGACAGUGAGCACCGACCCCAUGCCGAAACGCAACGUUCAGCCUCCAGCGUCUGGUCUUAGCAUCAUAUCGACAACGGAAACCCGCCCCGUCAAGCCUACAAUCAAGCCUACGAUCACGCUCAAGCUUCCAAAGGAGGACCCCGAUCUCUUCUCGCCAACUGUCAACAAAGAGAUUGGCCUCAAACGCAAAGCGACAGAGGAAGUCGAGCAGCCGAAGCCACACAAACUCGCAAAGAGUUCACACAACUCUUCAUCAUGGCCAUCUCAUCUGUACAUGACAUGUUUCCGUACAAAUCCUUUCUCCAAAUGCGAUGUCGGAACAUUGCAUAUCGACUUAGUUGAAGGUACGGUGUGGUUCGAGGGCUGGCAUGGCAGAGCAAAUGCACGAACUUUCGAAAGAAAACAGGUUAAUCUCAGUGACGUUUUGAGUAAGUUCUGA